AUGGCCGGGAUCUCAGAUCGGCCGGUAAGUCGGCCGAAGAACCACAUAUUGCAACGGCGCAAUAAAGCUUGCUUUACCUGCAAAAUCAGACGUGUCAAGUGCUCCUACGAAAGGCCGUCGUGUCAGCGCUGUCUGAGUACGGGUCGGAAAUGCGACGGCUAUCCAGCGACUGAGCCGCCGCGGCCAAGUGACGAUCCUCCGGUGAUCUUGAUGAUGGUGAUGGGGUGUCCGGCUCUCUCUCAGUGCGACCAUGCGGCCUCGACGGCAUUCCAGUUCUUCACCCAAGUAUGCGCCCCAGCACUGCUAAACUUUGGAAGCCAGCGCUUCUGGAACGAGCUGGUCUUGCAAGCUUGCUACCUGGAUGAGAGCAUCAAGCACCUUACCAUCGCAGCCUCACGGUUAGGACUCCACCACUCAGCAGACCCUUCUCAUCAACCUGCCGACGGUGACUCGGUAUUUCUCUCCCACUACGGGACGGCCUUGAAGUUGCUCAGCGGCAAACGAAAUCCAGACCCUGCGUUCCUGCUCGUGGCCUGUCUGCUACUCAUUCUCUGCGACGAAUUUCAAGACCAUUCUUUCGCGGCACUGCAACACCUGAUCGCCGGACGAAGGAUUCUGGCGACGUAUCAGCGAAGCAGAUAUACCGAGCACCAAUCUGCCACCAUCGAAGAACUCGGCCCAAUCUUUGCCCGGCUGGAAUUGCAGACCGGCGAGCUGUACUCUCAAGUCAGACCACUUUCCGAAACUUGGCAGCUCACCAAAAACCGGAAGUCAUGGCUCCCCGGCGACAUCCAGCAUUAUGCCACUCCCAAUGGUUCAAAAGGCCAGUGGAUAACCGUCGACGAUGCAGCUCGAUCACUGCAAGCUAUUGCAUCGGAAUGUACAUCUCUACAACUAGAUGGGCCCCCACCACCGACAAGAUUCCAUACCGUUCCGAAUUCUACGACAAGGCUCAACGAAUGGCUCGGCCAAUACAUUCUGUUCGAAUCAAGCGUACAAUCCAGACCCACACGUGCAAACCUCCCAGACUUGUAUCUGCUUAGGAUGUACCAUAGCUGCGUUCACGUGCUCUCACGCUGCGAGCCAUUCAAGCGAGAGCUGGCGUUCGAUUCUUACUCCAGCAUCAUAGAGCAGGCCAUGGUCGCCUGUGGCUUCCUCAUCCGCACAGCCAAAAUGCGGAUCAUUCCGAUCCUCUUCUUGGUCGGCACAAGGUACCGCAACGCUAGCGUUCGACGUAGGGCGAUAGAUUUGCUCCAACAGUGUGGAUUGGACGGUCAACUCCUUGCCAGGGUCGCACUGCGGGUGAUGCGGAUUGAGGAGAAGAGUGUCACCGAGCCGAUCGUAUGCUCUGAUGUUCCCGAGGAGAGCCGCGUCAGACUGGUUGAUAUGCUGUUCAAUGUGCGUACCGCGUCGUACAUUCUACGGUUCAAGCGGAGGCCGUAUGGUGAUGACACAGCCUUGGAAAGCAUCUUAAUACCGGCUCCAGCGCUAUCGUGGGAUCCUGAACCUCAAAAGCCUGUUCAUGCAUGCGAACUCCUCAAGACUGUCUUGAGAUUCGAUUUUAUGGCCUUUUGGUAUCAAGAUGAUCCGGCGUUCGCGGUCCCGGCAGGUUUCUGUCUGACAUGA